CUGGCUGUUCUCAUUGUAUUUCCAGCCACUGUCUGGGUAUUUUUUGUUUAUUGCACCACCCUCUGUAAACAUUAUAGGGUGUGAGAUUCUCAGGAAGGUGGCUGUUCAUGAGAGGUUCAAACCACCAGUAAUCACACCAAUUCUAAAACCACUGACAUCAGGCGUCUCAGCCGUUUCGAUAUUCGGCCAGGCAGUAGACUAAGUGAACUUCCUUACCCAGUGUGUGUGUUGUGUCUGUUUGGCUGCAGAUUCAUAAUUUGUUGUUUGUGGGAGCAAGAUGUUGGCGUUAAUGAGCAGCUGUGCCUAAUGAACUGCACAUCGAGUGUAUAAUUAGAAAAAAAACUAUUUCUGUCUUAAAUUUUUUUAAGCAUAAAUGACAUGGAAAGGUUAUGAAAGGUAAAGUCCCAGAGAAAAUUGGCCAUUAUUAUAGGACUGAAAAAUUGAAAAGAUAAUUAUGUAAUUAAGCGAUUAUGACCAAAGCGCAGUUUGUCUUUCUGAUUCUGCCUGUUCAGUCCCUCUCAAAACACAAUAAUAAGUCUUUUGUUGAGGCUGAGAAGCAGAGGCAGUGAUAUUUAUCAGCUUGGCCAUUUGGCAGGAUAGGGACCCUUGGAGCGUCCUGGAAUGGGACUGAAAUGAACAUUAUCUGCCUCGCUGUUCAGGCUAAAUGGUUUGGGGAAAGUUAAGUUCUGUCUCAAAAAACUGAUAAAUACCAAAAUUCAAAGAAGUAAUUGUAAUCGAUACUCGAGGACCUCGUCUAGGACAAGUGGUUAGAAGAUGGAAGGUUGGAUGAAAUAAUCUGAUACAUAGACGCCGAUCCUGGAGGUGCUGGAGGGCUGGAACUCCCAGGGAGAAGGCCGAGCUCACGGGAAGGAUUGAAUGCCGAUGCUAUAAAAUCUUUUAAUGUGUUUGGCCAACUUUCAUUGGUGCUGGGGCGUGGAUCUCAAUCCAUGUUCUUCGUGAGGGCAUGUUAAUUGUGUCUGUGUACCAUUGCAUGUAUAAGUGUGUGUGUGUGCGUGUGUUUGCAUAGAUCACAUUUGGGGACCAAACUGUCCCCAAAGUGCGAUAAAACCUGAAACUUUUGGAGACAUCUACUCAGGCCCCCAUUUGGAUAAAUUCAAUUUUAUAAAAAUCUGUGAAUGCAAUCAAAAAAGUAAAAAUGCCAAAAGGUAUUGUAUUUUGGUUGGUUAGGGUUAGGGCUGGGUAGGGGUGAAGGUUGUUGUGAUUGGGAUAAGGGUAAUGCAUAGAAAUGCAUCUACACUCCCCAUUUAGAUAGGUGCACGAGUGUGUGUGUGUGUGUGUGUGUGUUGUGGGGGGUAUAAAUUAUCUUGGGCACCUUAGGGACUAAACAGUUAUAAUAAUAGAGCAAUCCUAUUACUGUUGAUUAUUUUAGUUUAAAUAGCCUACAUCAAAGUUAUACCAACUAAAUUAGCUCCACUAAAUUAAAUGUGCCGAACCCCCACAAAAUUAAUUUCUAGGUAUAGGGCUAAAGGGGUCUUAUAACUGCUCAGUGCAUCAGCGAAUGAUAACUUUGUGAUCAUGUGUUAUGCAGCAUAAGAACAGGAGAGCCUUCGCAGCAGCUCACCCAGGAUCGAGUUCUGUUAGGCCCUCAGGACUGGAUCCAGCCUGGCCACCUGUUUGUAGGUGAUGUUCAUAGCUGAAGGAGGGAGUUUCAGAAGAAUGACCACAGCUGUCAGGUCCAAAGGGGGUGCAGCACUGGUCCAAGAGCUACCCAUUCUGUGGGGGUGUGUUCCAGUCUCCGAUUGAUCUCCAGACACCAAUGCUGCAGUAUGACUCGUCGUUGGUGCCCAUCGAGGUGCACAACUACAACCUACCAGCACACGAGCAGCUGACGCUGGGGAACAACGGACACGCAGUGAAGCUGUACCUGCCCUCCAAGAUGUACAUCUUAGGUCUGCCAAACCGCUACUCAGCAGUUGAACUCCACGUCCACUGGGGCUCUCCUAGCAUUCCUGCAGGUUCUGAGCACACCAUCGACGGGAAGCGCUUUGCAGCAGAGCUGCACGUGGUGCAUUUCAACUCUGACAAGUACAGCAAUGUCUCCGUGGCAACAGAAAUGUCGGACGGACUGGCAGUGCUGGCGGUUCUGAUUGAGGUUGCUGAAUUCAACCCAGCUUUCGAUCAGCUGCUCAAGUUCAUCAGUGGUGUCAAAUUCAGAGAUCAAAAAGUGCAGGUUCCCGCGUUCAAUAUCCGGCACCUCCUUCCGCUACGGCUCGACCAGUACUACCGCUACGACGGCUCCCUGACCACGCCCCCCUGCUACCCCAGCGUGCUGUGGACCGUGUUCCGGAACCCCAUCACUAUCUCCCACACACAGUUCCUGACUCUGGCCACCGCGAUUUACUCCUCGAGAGAGCAAGAGCCGGUCCCGGUGCCCCUCGACGGGAACUACAGGACCCCGCAGAGCACAGACGAAAGGGUCAUCCUGGUGUCUUUCCGGGAAGGCUGGGCCCCCCCCAGGUCCUUGUCAUUGACUCCUCCCAUCACGAGAAGGAGAGUCAUUCAGAACCUGCUGUCCGGAGACCUAGGGGACCUUGCUGAUGACGGGAUAUCCCAACUGCUGCCCAGUCUCGGCCGCAAGCUGGGAGUCAGUUCAAAGCCGACUGGCCACAAUAAGCAAAACCACUGGAGGCAGAACUUUCCCAUACAGAGUGGCGCCACCCCUCCCUUCUGGAAGCUGCCCCCGGCCACAAGCUCAGUCGGGCAGUUGGGUCUUUAUGAAGACAGCCUGUGCUACGUCUCCAUCGAGCAGAACGUCAUCAAACGCCUGAAGGGAGCUCCCGGCGGGGGCCGGCUGGUGGAUGUCCUCAGGGAGGUGCUCUUCCCAGAGCUGAACCUGAGGAGCUACCUGCACUGCAGAUCUGAGCUAACACUACCCACCAUCAGGUACCUCCUCCGCAGCCGUGCGUCGGAUGAAGCACAACAGCUGGAACGUUCUCUGAUGAAGGCGGAUAGGAGGCCCUGGAAACAUCCAACAGAGCGGGCCUUCAGAAAACAGCAGCAGUCCGUGUUAGAGGAGGAGGCGGCACGUGACAAAGUGCGACCUCAUCCCUGGCCCCUGGGCGUGGAGUGGGAGGACUGAGGAGCACGCAAGGCGGAGGAAGAUCAUCACUGAUGCUCAAAGUCACCAUGAGUGACAUGUCGACAUGCCGGGUGACACAGCAGACAUCAAGCCAAGGGCUCAUAAUACGACCACGUCAUUUUGUCAUCUGGUCAAAUUCCUGAAUCCUGAUAAAAUAUCAUGAUGAAUUCAAGCAAUUUAUUUAUGUAUUUGGAUGUUCAACUGAUGUGCUUUUUAUGCUUUACGAGAUGUGCAUUUCUGGAAUUAUGUUUUAUAAAUUUAUGUUCAUUUUGUAUCUGGUAAAAGAUAAUACAUUACAGCAUUUCGCAUGGAGGUAAUGGUGAAUUUUUUUAAAGGAUGACUUAAGGUUGCGGUGACAUUUCUGCACUGUGCUGAUGCCAGUUUAUAGCCCAUCUGUUCUUCUUGAUAAUACAGCUCCCACGACACUCUGAGGUUCUCCUUUUUAACUGCCUCUGCCUGUUUCCUACCUUUCUCAUGCUCUCCUCUCUGUUGUUUUUCUUCCUUCUCCAAAGAGAUGCAUCUUUGGAUGACCUUGGGUAUGUUAUCGGAACGAGCCCGUCUUUCCGUGUGUAACAGGCCUGGAUCACUCACUCUCACUAACCAUCAAAUUACAGUACCUUCAAGAUGCAGGAGGUGUACAUUUUU